GGAAAGACACAUGCUAGUGUUAUGUGUUUUGUGAAAGAAAUGAGUCGAAAUUUUCCACCUUGGAAACGAGAUUCUCGAUCACUAUUAUACGAAACUUUGAAUCGUGCAGAGAAUUUAGGCUAUCAAUUUCUCAUAGGAUUUGAACUCGAAUUCCACCUUUCCAGAAUUGACGGAGAGAAAUCAGUAAAGCAAGUGAGUCAAUUCUAUGGUGCUGCAACAUUUAGAGAUGGAACUAUAUCUCGAUUGAUAGAGGAAUGCAUUCGAUGUCUCUUGAAUUCGGGAAUUGAAGCGACUCAUUUCCAUAGUGAAGUUGGAUACGGAAUGUUUGAAAUUCCAACUGGUCCAUUGAGACCAAUCGAAGCUGUUGAUACUCUCGUUUACUGUAAAGAAGCUAUCCAAAAAAUUUCUUUGAAGCAUGGAUUCAAAGCAACAUUUUUUCCAAAGCCAGUAUUAUCGCCAUUCCAAACAGCUGUUGGAGCUCAUGUUCAUUUCUCAAUUGACGAUGCCACACAAGAAGUUGCUGAUAAUUUCUUGGCCGGAAUCCUCGAGAAUCUUCCAGCUCUAUGUGCAUUUAGUAUGCCAAAUUAUGACAGCUAUCAUCGAUUAGGAGGGCAUAGAGGUACUAUUGGUACUUGGGUUGGAUGGGGACAAGAAGAUAAAGAUGUUGCUGUGAGAAAAAUAUCUGGAAGAACAGGUUAUUGGGAGAUUAGAUGUGCAGAUCAAAUGGCGAAUAUGUUUUACGUCUUGUCUGCGUGGAUUACAGCCGGAACUUGGGGAGUGAGAAAUAAAAUACCAGUGAGAUGGAAGAGCCCUCAAAGUUUGGUGGCAGAAAUGACUCCAGACGAAGUGAAGUCAUUAAAUUGGGAUACGAAACUUCCACUUUCUCUUAUCGAUGCUGUAGCCGCAUUAGAAGUGAAAGUAGACAGUGACUCAUUGAGUGAACUGGGAAAAGAAUUCUUACGUAUGUAUAUUGAUUUCAAAAAGCUCGAAGCUCAGCAAGCUGCAGAAAAAACCGAGGAAGAAAGACUCGAUGUACUUACAACGAUCUUUUAACUUACGAAAAGCUUAGCCAAGCAGUAAGAUAGAUAGAUCCCUUUUUCAAUCAAGACCUAAAUUUCUCA